CUUUUCUAAACACUUCUUUGUUUUGCGUUCUUUAGUCAAUGAUUUUAAAUGCGCUUAAUCGCGCUAAAACAAGAAUUUGAAUUCCCUGAACUAGAAUUGAAUCUUGGGAAUGGUUCAUAAUCCAAAGCUGCGGUUUGUUCUUGGGCUGGCGUUAGUUGCCCUUCAAGAGGAAGAGUUGUUUCAUUGGACUUAACAGAUUUGAAUUUAAUGGGUUCUGUUUCACCUCAAAUUUCAAGACUUGAUUGGGUCCUCAGCCACUUGUCUCUUGCAGGAAACACUUCACACGGCCAACAUUGAGCUUGUCAAGUUUAAAUAAUCUUCAGUUUCUUUCUUAACAUUUCAAACAAUCAAUUUUCAAGUGGGAGUUUGGAUUGGAACUUACUUCAGAAAUGAGGAACUUGGAAGGUGUUUGAUGCUUACAACAAUAACGUUUCACUGCUUUCCUUCCUCCUGGGAAUUUUGUCAUUGAAGAAAUUGAAAGUACUUAGAUUGGUGGGAAAUUAUUUCUAUGGCAAGAAUCCCACAAAACUAUGGUAAGCACUGGUGGGGUUAGAGUAUCUUUCGCUCCUGCGGGGAAAUGAUCUUCAUGAAAAAACCCUGGUGAUUAGGCAAUUUGACCUAACUUACAGGGAGAUUUAUUUAGGGUACUACAAUGCUUACAAAGGUGGAAUGCCCCUAAUGGAGUUUGGGAUUUUGGUGAUUUAGUACAGCAUUGGAUUUGUCAAAUUGUGGACUGAUGGUCAAAUUCCAAAGGAGUUAGGGAACUUGAAGUUCUUGACACACUUUUACUUGCAUGUCAACUUGCUUUCAGGUUCUAUUCCGAAGGAGUUGGUAAUUUUGACAAAACUUUCCAAUCUUGAUCUUUCAAAUAAUGCACUCAUUUGGGAAAUCCUUUUGGAAGUUCAUUAAUCUAAGCAAUUGAAGCUUUUUAAUCUCUUAUUGAAUAGACUACAUGGGUUCUAUUCCCAGAUUUUUGUUGCAGAAUUGCCUAAUUUGGAAACAUUAGGCCUUUUGAUGAACGCAAUUUCACUGGUGAGAUUCCCUCGAAAACUUGGCCAAAAUGGGGUAAGCUUUCACUUGUUGAUUUCUUCAAAUAAGCUUACAGGUCAAUCCCACAAGACUUAAUGUUCCUCUAAUAGUUAAAGAUUCUUAAUUCUUUUCCAAGAAUUUUUCCUUUUUCGGUCGCGAUUUCCUGAAGGGUUAGGAAAAUGCUAUAAGUUACUAGAGUAAGACAUAGGGCAGAACUACUUGAAUGGUAGCAAUUCCAAUGGAUUCCUUUAAUUGCCUCAGCUCAAUUUAGCAGAGUUGCAAAGCAAUGUCCUGUCAGGUAGUUUAUCAGAGAAUGUUUAAUUCCUCAUGGAAAACCUGUUAAUUAGGCCAACUCCAAUCCUGUCAAACAAUCUUCCCUUUCAGGUUUCUCUAACCAUUUUUCCAUUUCCAAUUUCCUGCUUUCGCCUCCAAAUUCUUCUCCCUGCGUGGAAAUCAAUUCUAGGUCCAAUUCCACCUUCUAUAGAGAAACUUCAUCAAGUACUAAAACUUGAUCUUAGUAGGAAUUCAUUUUCUGGGUCAAUUCCACCUGAAAAUAGGAAACUGUUUUCCAUUCUCACUUUUUUUCCUUGAACAUUAGUCCAAACAAUCUUUCUGUUCGAUUCCCUAGAAAUAACAAAUAUACAUAUCUUAAACUACUUGAAGCUUAUCAAAAACCACUUAAACAAAUUCAUACCAAAAAAAUCCAUCGGUUCAAUGAAAAGCCUUAACAAUUGCAGAUUUUUCUCUUUCAAUGAUUUUUCUGGUAAACUACCCAAUCAUGGCAAUUCUCAGUCUUUAAUAAAUGCCUCAUCUUUCGCCGGUAAUCCUCACUCUGUGUUUCUCUUCUCAAUAAAUCCUUGUAAAUUUUCACUUCCGCAUUGCAAAUAACGCAAAAAAAAGGCACCUAAUACCUUCAAGUUAAUAUGUGCAUUAGGCCUUUUAAUAAUGUUCUUUUGAUCUUUGCAAGCUGCUGCAAUAAUAAAAGGCGCAAGUUUUCAAGAAAAGCAAAUUUCAGAUUCUUGGAAAUUGACAGCUUUUCAAAAAACUCGAAAUUCUCAGUUGAAGAUAUGCCUGGAAUGUGUUAAAGAUGGUAAUGUUAUUGGUAGAGGAUAGGUAGCUGGAAUUGGUGUCAUGGGAAAAAUGCCAAAUGGGAUUGAGAAUUGCAGUAAAAAAAACCUACUUGGGUUUGGUACUAAUAGUCAUGACCAUGGUUUUAGAGUCAAAAUCCAAACACUUGGCAACAUCAGGCAUCGAAACAUUGUUUCGUUGCUCGCUUUUUGUUCGAACAAAAAAGAAACAAAAAUUUACUUGUUUUAUGAAAUAAUGAGAAAUGGAAGCUUAGGAGAAGCAUUACAUGGAAAAAAGGCGGCAUUCUUGACUUGGAAUUUGAGGGCAAAAUUGCUAAUUGAAGCUUGCUAAAAAGGUUUAUGUUACCUUCAUCAUGAUUGUUCACCUUUGAUUGUUCAUAAGAAUGUAAAAUCAAACAAUAUUUUGUUAAAUUCGAGCUUUCGAGGCUCAUGUUGCUGAUUUCGAUUGGCGAAAUUCUUAACGGACGGAGGAGCAUCCAGAAUGUAUGUCAGCUAUAGCAGGGAUCUUUAUGGUUACAUAGCACCUGGUAAAGUAUAUUACUUCUGCAUUUCAUUCUAA